UUUUUUUGUAAAUCAACCAGAAUGUCAUAGAGUUAGAAUCAGGAAGUAUGUAGUCUUUUCAGACUGGCUUCUUUCACUUUGUAAUGUUCAUGAAGGUUCCUCCACGUGGUUUCAUGGCUUGGCACCUCCUUUGUCGUUUGUGUUGAGUGGGGAUCCGUUGAGUGGAUGUGUUAGGAGUUAUCCAUUCACCUAGUGAAGCACGUCUGUCUUAGUUGCUUCCAGCUCGGGGCACUUAUGACUGAAGGUGCUGUAAACUUCUGUGUGCUGGUUUUUGUGUGGAUUUAAGCUUUCCACUCGUUUGGGUAAAUGCCGAGGGUGCGGUGGCUGGCUUGUAGCUCAUGGAGAAAUUUUAGGGUGCCUUGCAAAGAUUUUUCUUUGGUCAGUGGCUUCACUCAGAAGUGUGGUCGAGGUGUAGUGUACAUACAGUGAGGUGCAUUAAUUCUAAAUGUACGGUUGGAUGAAUUUUUUUUUCUUUUCUUUUCUGGCUGCCCCUCGGCAAAUGGAGUUCCUGGGCCAGGGAUCAGAUCCAAGCUAUACUUGUGACUUAACGCCGCAGCUGUGGCAGCACUGGAUCCUUAAUCCACUGUGCUGGGCUGGAGAUUGAUGCCUCCUGGCACAGCAGAGAUGCUGAUCCUAUGGCACCACAGUGGAAACUCCUUGGAAUUUAACAAACAUGUACACGCGAGAUCAGAGCAUCUCCAGACCCAGUAGGCCCCCUUCUGAGCCUCCCCAGUCACUGUCCCCUGCCCCCCUGUCCCCAGAGAGAACACUGCUCUGACUUCUAGCGCAGUCCUUGUCUCUGCUGGGCAGGCAGCUCCCGUCCUGCAGUUUUGGAAAGGCGAUUUUAGGGGGGAGGCCGUUAGUGGCAGUUCGAUUCAUUUUGGUUUGUUCUGAAUGGAGCCUGUUGGUCCCCAAGUUCUGCCUGCUGGCCUGGAGCAGGGAUUGGCACAAGCUCUGGGUAACUGUUUUUGGCUUUGCCAGGGAUUGAGUGAGCAUGACCGCGUUCUAAUAAAAGGAGAUUUGCAGAAACGGAGAGUGGGCCGGAGUUUGUGACUUGAGAAUAGCGCAGAGCUUUUCCUUUGUAAAGUUUAUGUCCUGUCUCCACUCCAAACCCACACCCGUGUGCCCUGGGACCUGGGCGGCCUUGUGUGUGUUUUCGGGCCACCUCAGGUAGCCUUCCAGCACAUUCCACGAGCACCUGCUGGGUUCCCCUGGGCCGGGGCACGUGUCCAGGGCCCAGAAGUGUCAGAAUGGAUUUCAACUUAAACAGCCCAGACAGCCCCUCCCCACCUUGAAUGAGGUAAUCCCAUUAACCCUUUCACCGCCUGUCAUGCUCUCCUCCUGUGAGAACCCCCCGGGCGGGGUGGUGGGAGCGCAAUGGAUGCCGACCAGAAAAUACUCCUGUUAAGGUGGACGCUGGGGAAGGGGCUGGGGGAAUGUGGACGAGAUCAGGAGCCUCGGGGGAUCCCUGCACAGAUGAAAAGUCAGCCCCUGGGGAGAGAGAGAAAGUUGUGGUCAGAGGGGAAAUUUUACAGUUUGGCUCCUUAGAGGUGGAACAGUUUCGAGUGACUGUGAGGCUGACAGCUGUUUGCGGUGAUGGAGCCUGGUGUGUGUUUCAGGCGCUCCUCACGUGCCACCUUCGCUUGGUCUUUUUAAUCGGAUGUCCUGGGCAGUGGCUCCCAUGGGCUGUUCCCAUUGUGCAGCAGCAGAGACCGAGGUGACAGGAGGUGAGCUUAGGGACGGCCAGGGAGCUACUCGGAGGCUGGAGCCGGGAUCUGGACCCUGGCAGUCGGGCACCUCUGUGCUGUCUGCCUCUCAAGGGGUGACCGGGUGGGUGCCUGGCAGUGGGAGUUGGAAGCCUGUGGCAUUGAGACUGUGGGUGCGUGGGUGGGCCUCACGGCCGCAGAGGUAGCCAGAAAGAAGGCUGGGGGGAUAGAGGACCCCGUGUUAGGGGAGGGUGGACAGGCUCAAGUCAUCGCCUUCAGAACUCUCCCAGCCAGGAAGCUCAUCUGAGACCACGGUCAUGUGGGCGGGGGGCAUAGGCUGGGCACACUGCAGAGGUGGACCACGUGACAGUUUGGAGGGUCACCGAGAGAGCAUAAAACAGCAAUAAAGCAGCAUUCGAAAGGACAAUAGGCAUCCUUUUCUACUUGCUUUGGGCUUGGUCUGGAUAAUUACAACAACACUAAUAAUAAUUAUCUUCCAUUCAAGUUAAGGAAACAGUUACCCAGGACCCAACUAAAUAUGGAGAACUUUCCAACAACGGGAAUUUCUUCUGCAUUUUUAUUUUAGGAAACCACAGGCCAAAAAAAGAAAAACAGCGGGUGGGCAGGGGAUUUAUUUGAAUGCAUGACUUCCAGGUUUCACCCUGGACCAGUGCGCACGAGGUCAGCAGGUCUCUGGUCCACCUGUUAAGUCUGUGUUUUUCUACAGAAAGGACAGAUGUCCCCACUAAGCCCAGAGGGUCAGGAUUACAAGGGUCGACCCCACAGCUGUGACCCCACAGCUGUUAACACCGGGUGCUCUUGGGGACAUAAAAUGACCAAAACCACAGUCUUUGCCCUCAAAGGGUGUUAGUUAUCGGAAGCGGAUUCAUGUAUCUUCAGGGCAAAGGGGGCAAACUUGUAUUCUGAUGGUUAGUUGAAAGAGCCUCAAUGAAAAAAAAAAUUUUUCUUUGGCUGCGCACACAGCAUGUGGGAGUUCUUGGAUGGAUUGAACCCGAGCCACAGCUGUAACCAGAGCCACAGCAGUGACAAUGCUGGGUCCUUUACUCACUGAGCCACCAGGGAACUCCCUCAAUAAGAUUGAAGGCAAAAAGGGUCUGAGAGACUCCCAAGAGUCUUGACCUUCUGGAACAUUCCCCGGUUUGGAAGUGCUCUGUGAUCACGUCUAAUUCUUAAACGCCAGGUACGGUCGCCAGGAGAGCUCAGCAUCUGAAAGGCAUGGGGAGAAGGUUCUGGGGGAACAGCCGGGGUUUGGAAACAGCCCCUUCUUCUUCUUCCUUUGGCACAUGGGUGUCAACACCGAUGUCACUGCCCAUCCGGCCUCUGUAUCCUGCAUCGUAGCGGAUGUUCCCUUGGGAGUCAGAAGCCCACGGUUCUAGGGGACCCUCCAGUGGGCUGACCCCGACCACCUUCCUUCUGGAUAGACCAUGCAGGCUCGUCCCCCGCAGGCCUGCCACCACCGCUGCUUCCCCCCCACCCGCCACAUGGCAAGCUGGCGCACAGGCCAGUGUGAAACACAGCCUGUGGUAUUUUGUCAACAUAGUUAGUGGCCGUCACUUCAAAGUACCAUGUCCUGGGGCAGGUCUGGGUUUCUGGCUUCCCCUGAGGGUAUCGACUCUGGCCGCACCAGCUGAGGUUGGCUGAGCCAAGUUGCCCACCCUCCCCAGCACUGGGGUGAUGACCCAUCGCCACCUGUCAUGGGGCGUCCAUGGUUCCUUUCUGGCUCCAUCACCGGACACCCCCAGGAGCAGCUGCAAAUUGGCCUUGAUGUGAAUGCAUCGUGCAGCGUCCCUCCCUCUGGGGACACGGGGCCCUGCCAGCAUGACACCUCUAUACCCAUGGGCUGUUACAGGUGGAAUAACCCAACCUUUCCCUUUGGGGAACUGGUCAUUGUCGCCUCUGGUUUGGGAAGAUGGUGGUCACCACGACGGUUCACCUCAGAGGCAACCCAGUUUCGCCAAGGGCACGUGAUAUUUGGGGUCGAGUUAGGGGAAAGUCCUGGAUUCUUCGAGAGGGGGACGAGGACUCUUUCGAGCCUUCUAGGUUAGGGACAUUUCCUCAGUGCUGCAGCCUGACCGUGUUGGGUUUCAGUGCAUGGGGAGAGCGGGGAACCACAGACCGAGUUUGGCCGCUGCCCUUUGGGUCCCGGAGUGAGGGGGCUUCUGGGUUCUUUCCAAGGCACCCGCUGGCCACGUUUUUCCACCUGUUUUUCCGAGUGAGUGCCAUCGUCACCUACGUGGGCUGUGACUGGUUCAGCAGGAGCUUCGCGGGCUGCUUUGUCACCGUGCUUCUCCUCCUGACCUUGGACUUCUGGUCUGUGAAGACGAGGCCUCUUUCUUGGCCCACGGCUGCUGAGAGGCGUCUGGUCCCUCUUCCUCAGAAUGUGACGGGUCGACUCAUGGUGGGCCUUCGCUGGUGGAACCAGAUCGAUGAAGACGGGAAAAGCCACUGGAUUUUUGAAGCCAGGAAGGUCUCUCCGCAUCACGUGGCGGCCACGGAGGCGGAAGCGAGGGUCUUCUGGCUCGGCCUCAUCAUCUGCCCGAUGAUUUGGAUCGUGUUCUUUUUCAGCUCCCUGUUUUCCUUGAAGCUCAAGUGGCUGGCCCUCGUGAUAGCCGGGAUCUCUCUCCAGGCUGCCAACCUGUAUGGCUACGUCCUGUGUAAGAUGGGAGGCGAGAGUGACAUCAGCAAAAUCACAGCCAGUUUUCUGUCUCAGACGGUGUUCCAGACGGCCUGUCCAAGCGACUUUCAGAAGCCUGGACUCGAGGGGCUGGAGAUUCACAAGCAUUAGGCUUAUUUUCCGAGACAGCAGGGGCUCGAGGGGGAGGUUCUGCGGUCGAGCUGCCGACAGAGACGAGCGCCAGGACCCGCAGGCAGGAGGUCUUCCCGUGGAGCAGGCCUCGGGGCCGAGGCUUGAGAGGUUUUUAUUUUCUAAAUGGCACGUCUGUAAACACGGCUCUGUACAGCUUGUGCUCAGGGAACGACGAGUAAAGUCUCUGCAAGGCUCUCCACGCCAUGCCCGGGGCUGGGCCCUUCCUGCCUGUGCCGCCCCACCUUCUCCCCAGGCUGCUCGGGGGAUGGAUGCGCUGCCUGUGCCCCGGACACCCUUCCUCCUUCAGGAGGCGACGUGGUUCGCUCCUUCAGGCGGACGCAGAUCGCAGAACUCCCGGAUUCCUGGAAGACAAGACAGACGGAGGCACAGAAGCACGGGCACUUGGCAGCCCCUCCAGGGGUCCCUGGGGCCUGGCCUGUGCUGGCGGGGGUGCGUCCAGAUGGGGUGGAGUCCCCAGGCGGCUUCAUGCCCCCUAGAGCUCCCUUUCGGCUGAUGCCCUGAAUCUUUGCACGUGAGCCGAAUACCCGUGGUGUCUGAGCAGAGCUGGAAGCCUCACGGUGCAGAUCAGGAAUGGUGUUAUCGCCCCCUGACCCCAGGUCACGGGCUCAGAACUCAGCCGCCAGCCAGGAGUCUAAAGCUUUUCUUCUGACACCUCUGCCUUAAACUUGAGGCCUCUGACCUGCUGCUGGCUGAACGGGGCCUGCACAUGGGUUUGGUUCAGCUCACUGUGCUUUUUUUUCCCCCACUCUCCUUUCCUGCACCACAAACUUCACCCUGUGGCUUUAAACCAUGGUAGCUCACGGCGCUGAUGUACCGGGAGAUUUUUCAAGACGCCUGUUCUCCUGGGCUGAGGGCUCACCCCAGACGCUGCUACCCCCGUUGCCCCCCGCCCCUGCCCGAGGCUGCGUGCCCGUGGCCACUUAUGAUCCCCAGUGGGAUUUGCCCACACCCAGCCCACUCUGCUCAUCUGUGUCACUUUCUAGCCCCAGGGCCAUGUGGGGUCCCACUUACUCUGGAUUAUACUUCUAUAGGCCAGGGUGGCUGGUGAAUCCGGAGCUUCGACCAAAAAAGACUGUCCUUUGUCACAACUCUUAGCUUAAAGAAAGAAGUGAAAGAAAAUUAAAUCCAUGAAGAAACCAGUGGUGACAUGAACUCGGGGCUCCUUCUGGGCCCGGGACACGGAUGCUCCUUCCUGAGCCCACCUCACUCGUAACGGCGGAGGAAGCUGAGACAGGAAGUUGGGGGCUUGAGGACCGCACCUGCUUCCCCCCCGCCCAGAGGGGACCCUGACCCGAGCCUGGCUGUGUGGUUAGUGUGUGUGCCUACGAGUCAUCUGGGUGGCGUGUGGCAAAUGCAGGUUCCAGGGCCCCGUACAGAACGGAUGCAGUGGCUGCGUGGGCCUAGGAACCUGCAUGUACAGAUCAAGGCAUCCUCUGGCGAGACCAGGAAUGCACGUGGGGAAGGCAUGGAGGACAAAAGGUUAUACGGGAAGGCUGCGUUCAAAGGGGGCUGCCAGUGCUGCAGGUAGAACUACUGCACGGACGCAAAUGCAGCAGGUACACAAACCACGUAUUUAAGAAAUAAUGCUGGGUGUGCAUGACACACAUGCUGCGCCA